AUGUUAUCAAAUAAAUCGAGUUGGGUCUUUCUCGGGCUUAUCGUGUCUAUUGCCAAUGCCACAGUCCCGGGGGCAGCGAGCACAAACGAAAUAAAUGAACCACAAAAGAAAAAAACGUAUAAUGGUGGUGCCUUGUACCCCCAAACGACAAAUACAAGAGAUUUGAGGAUUUUAGAUGGAAUAUGGAACUUUAGGAAAUCACCCAUGGAUCCUGAAUAUGGUUAUAGGAAUGGCUGGUAUGAACAAGAUUUAGAAAAGACUGGACCAGUUAUCCCCAUGCCAGUUCCAGCUUCGUAUAAUGAUAUAGGGGAAGAUGCGGCAUUGCGGGAUCACGUUGGCUUGGUUUGGUACGACCGACGGUUCCACGUACCACCCUGGUGGGCCAAGACGGAACAAAGAAUAUGGCUUAGAUUUUGCAGUGUACAUUAUGCCGCACAAGUGUGGAUAAACGGGAAACCGGCAAUCCAUCAUGAAAUCGGGCACUUGCCGUUUGAAGUUGAAAUUACUGACUUCAUCAAUACCAACAAAAGUAAUCUGCUCACUGUGGUCGUCGACAAUGUUCUUCUUAGUGAUACGAUGCCUCAGGGCACUGUAAAAGACAUAGUUGUAAACAAUUUUAGAGUAAAACAGGAGCAAUCGUACACAUUCGACUUCUUUAACUAUGCCGGAAUCCAUCGAUCAGUAUUCUUGUACUCCACACCUCAAAUAUAUAUUGAUGACGUCGUCGUUAACACUGACAUACAAGGACUGACUGGCUUUGUUGUUUACAACGUCACAUAUAAAGGAUCUUUAUCGGACAUACAAUGUUUGAUCGAGUUGUUUGAUAAGAGUGGCUCACAAGUAUCGGCAUCGCACGAUUGCGCUGGCCUCUUAGAAAUCGGCAACGCUCAAUUUUGGUGGCCAUACCUAAUGCACACAGAUCCUGGUUAUUUAUAUACUUUACAGGUGUCACUUAUUGGUCCGGAUGGGGAGGUUUUAGAUACAUAUGGCCAGAAAGUGGGCAUAAGAACUAUAACUUGGAGUAACACCACUAUUUACAUUAAUGACAAGCCCUUGUAUCUCCGAGGAUUUGGCAUGCAUGAAGACUCUGAUCUACGUGGGAAAGGUUGGGACCCAGUUUUGUGGGUAAAAAACUUCAAUCUUAUCAAAUGGGUAGGUGCCAAUGCGUUCCGUACCUCCCACUAUCCGUACGCUGAAGAGAUCUAUCAAUUAGCUGACGAACAUGGCAUUAUGAUUAUAGACGAAUGUCCUGGAGUCGACACUGACAUUUUCACAGAUGCCCUUUUAGAAAAACACAAGCAAUCACUUACUGAGCUGAUUCGGCGUGAUAAGAAUCACCCGAGCGUCAUCAUGUGGUCCAUCUCCAAUGAGCCAAGGUCCAACAACCUCAAGGCUGACGCUUAUUUCCAGAAAGUGGCAAAGCACGUGAAAUCCAUGGACUUGUCCAGACCAGUGACGAUUGCCAUUUCUCAAGUGUAUUUCAUAGAUAGAGCGGGCCAACACUUAGACGUGAUAUGCUUCAACCGCUACAACGGUUGGUACGCGAACACUGGCUCGCUGGCGAACAUCGCCACGUACGUGGAGGAAGAGGCCAUCGCGUGGCACAGGAAGCACAACAAGCCGGUCAUCAUGACCGAGUAUGGUGCUGACACUAUCUCCGGGCUUCAUCUGAUUCCAGAAUACGUGUGGUCAGAGGAGUACCAAGUGGCAUUAAUGUCAGAACAUUUCAAGGCGUUCGACCGCUUGCGCCAACGCGGUUUCUUUUCUGGGGAGUUCAUUUGGAACUUUGCUGAUUUCAAGACUGCACAAACAAUAACCCGAGUGGGAGGCAAUAAGAAGGGUAUCUUCACACGGUCCAGACAGCCCAAAGCUUCAGCGCACCACCUGCGCGCGCGCUACUUAGCGCUCGCCGCCGCUGACACUGGCGCCCCCGCGCCUGCCAUCCAGUACUACAUCAGUGACAACAAACCCGCUCUACAUGAAGAACUU